GUCGCGGGAGAGCACAGGCUGUUGUUGUUGUGUUAUCAUCAUCCUGAAGACUGACUGGGGAAUUACCAUGAGUGGUGUUGAGAGCUAAAAGUGUUAGCUGUGAUUAUUUCACGAAUAGAAAUCCAUAGGAUGACAACGUAGCCCUAUGUAUGCGUUUAUCGCUAACGUUUGCGUAUUGACAGAGCACAGAGGCGUCGGCAACUCCAACAAGGCAAACUUUUCUAACCUCACGUUAGCUAGCUGAUAUAGCUACAUAUUCAGACAUUUAGACAUUAUUAUUGUCCAAAACCACACCGGGCUGAGCUGAAUUAUUUUCAGUUUCUCAGCUUCUUGUCCAUUUGAACGAGCGAUGUGUUCAAGAGACUGGCAGCAUCCCUACGUCAACAUCUUCAAGCAUGUUCGCCUGGAGGAGUGGAAGAAAGCCAGCCGGGAGGGUGAUGUCACCACCUCCAUGGAUAAAACCAUUAAGUCCUCUGUGUUCCGGAUCCGUGGCUCGGUGCCGGCCAGCAACUAUAUCCAGAUCCCCAAGAGCAGCAGCCAGUCGCUGGGCCUCACCGGACGCUACCUCUACCUGCUCUUCAGGCCCUCACCUGGGAAACACUUCCUGGUACACCUGGAUGUGGUGGCAGAGGAGGGCCAGGUUAUCCGCGUGUCCUUCUCCAACAUGUUUAAGGAGUUCAAGUCCAGUUCCACCUGCCUGCAGCUUCCCUUCGUCUGUGGAGCGGCAAAGGGCUCUGUGUACGAGAGCACCGCACGGACCGCCAAACAGGGUCUAGUAGGCCCAGCUCCUGAGCGUGUGCGUUGGGUGUGUCUGGUGCUGGACCUGCGCUACCUGCUGUCCGUCUACCUGAACCGGCGCUACAGCCACCUCAAAUCCCUCAAGCUGGGCUCCAACAUGAGCCUCAAGAACGCCAUGACCAGCAACCUGCUCAUGGACCCUGGUGUGUGUUUGUCGGUGGUGAAGAGUGGUGCGGUGGUGUUGGGGGAGGGCUGUGCCCCCAUGCCAAGGGAGAUGAGCUUCCCCGUCCCCAAGGGCUCCAACUGGCAUGACGUCUAUGACUACAUCAGGUUUCCAUCAGAUGGAAUGAAGAUGCCAUUUGAUUCCAUUCAAAAAGGUCAAAUUAACCAAGCAUCUGAAGUGUGUGACAGUCCAGAGCCUCAGGAGAGCGUGUGUGUGAGCCUCAGCAGGCCUGUGCGCGAUCGGGUCUCCCUCAUCCAGCAGAUCACCACUCCCAAACAUCGGCCCAAGCACAGGAAGGUAACCCUGGUGACCCCCACACUGCCUGAGGUGCCACCUGUCAGGCUGUCAGUUCCAGCAGCAGGGGACCCCGGUGCGGGCGGCAGGUGCCUGGAUGACGGUGGGGUGCACGUCUUCGCCACGCCCUUGGACCGCGAGGACGAGGAUGAGGACAUCAUCACCAGUCCCUUGCCACGUGCUCUGUCUCACUCGCCAGUAGUGGAGGUGUCAGAGGUGCCUUGUGCUGAAGUAACACGGCCCAUUUCUUUGCCUGCAACCAAAACCAGUCAUCAGCGGAAGCUGCAUCCAGAUCCAAUUCUGCGUCUAAACAGGAUCAUUGGCUUUGGAGGCAAAACCAUGAAGAAUGUGUUGUGGAGUAAGCUGGGUGAUGAGGUCAUUUACCCCUGUCACGCUGUCAUUGUCGCCAUGACAAUCUGCUCUGGAAAACAACGCUUCUUCAUUGGCCACACAGAUAAAGUAUCGGCCCUGGCGUUGAAUGGCAGCUGCACAGUGCUGGCGUCGGCCCAGGCAGACACACACUCACUGAUGAGGAUAUGGAGCUAUGAGACAGCGCAGUGUGUAGCCCUCGUCAACACACACGCACAGUCCCUCAACAUACUCAGCUUUUCCUACAGUGGAAGGGUCCUGUGUGGUGUUGGGAGGGAUGCACAUAGUAAAACAAUGCUAGUGGUGUGGAGCAGUGAGAGUGUGCUGAAGAAAGGAGUGGUGAGUGUGCUGGCCAAAGCACACACAGACGUGGACAUCAGAGCACUGAAGGUCUCCUGCUGCGACGAUAUGAGGAUGGUGUCGUGUGGGUUUGGUAACGUGCGUCUGUGGAGGCUGAGGAGCGGCUCUCUGCGCUCGUGUCCCCUCAACCUGGAUCAGCUCCACAGCCUGGAGUUCACCGACCUCGCUCUCUUACACACACACGCGCUGGGCGACACCGCUCAGGAACACACACUGUUUGUGAGCAGUAAGAGUGGUCACAUCCUAGAGGUGGACUAUGCUGCAGUGGCCAUUAAGAACGUGAGGAGACUCCUGCCAUCCCAACCCAGUCACGGCCAGCGCAGGGAGAAACAGACCUUCAACUCAGGUCCGGGUAUUGCGGUGAGCAGUAUCAGUGUGUGUGAGGCCUACUGCGCCACAGGAUCUGAAGACGGCUUCCUCAGGCUCUGGCCUCUCGACUUCAGCUCUGUAUUCCUGGAAGCUGAGCACGAGGGCCCGGUGUGUCACGUGUGUGUGUCAGGGGACAGCCUGAGGGUGCUGGCGUCGACGCGCUGCGGUAGCCUUGGGUACCUGGAGGUGGGCAGCCGGGCCUACACAACGCUCAUGCGCUCGCACACGCACACCGUGCUGGGGUUCAGCAUCGACGGCAUACGCAGGAGAAUCACCACCGCCUCGAGCGACGGCACCGUACGCAUCUGGGACAUGGACUCCAUGCAACAGCUGUAUGACUUCAUUUCAGAAGAUACCCCCUCCUCCGUGGCAUUCCACCCCAGCCUGCCGGUCUUCUGCUGCGGCUCCAGCUCUGGAUGCCUCCGCGUCUUUGACAUCACCACCGCCAGCAUGCUCGCCCAGCACAGGAAACACAGCGAGUCGGUAGUGGGCUGUGUGUUCUCUCCUGACGGGGAGUGUUUGUUCAGUGGCAGCGCUGAUGGCUCAUUGGCCCUCUAUAACUCCGCCCACCAGGAGAUUCCAAUGCUCAGAGUUCUGGGUAAUGUGUUGGCGCAGGGUGUGGAGCGUGCUCCUGAUGCUCUGGUUGUCAGCGGCGACAGCUCCAGACUGGCCUUCAUUGGACCGACAGAGCACACAGUUACACUCAUGGACGCACGCUCACUCGACGAGGUGCUGCGUGUGGAUGUGAGCAUACUGGACUUGGACAGUCCAAAGCUGGACUCUGCCCUUAAGGUCUGCUUCUCCCCGGCCAAAUCCUCUCACCUACUCAUCUCCACCUCCGCCAACAAGAUCCUCUACGUGCACACGCACACCGGCAAGCUGAACAGAGAGGUUAGUAGCGUGCAUAAGAAGUGUUGCUGGUCGCUAGCAGUGAGCGAGGAUAGCCGCUACUUGCUAACCGCCGGAUGUAACGCCCUCAAGGUGUGGGAUUACAACAUGGCCCUGGACGUCAACUCACAGGUAUAUAUCGGCCAUUCUGAGCCCAUUAAACAGGUGAGCUUCACACCAGAUCAGAUGGGCGUGGUCUCGGCAGGUGACGCCCUCUUCUUCUGGGACUUCCUGGCACACCCUCAGGAGGCCAUGAUCAGGUCACAACCAAUAUUCAACUCCCCUUCUAAAGCAGGUCCAUCAGGUGAUCCGGGGGCGGAGACUGAUGGGAUGUUGUUGUCCAGUGGGAUUCCGCGAGGCUCUGCUCCCCUUCCCUCAUUGGAUGUGACCCCUUUCGACAGGACCCCACAAGAUGCUUUUGGAGAGCUGUCUCUGAAUGAGGGUCCAUCGUUGGCACGUAGCCCCUCGCCUAUCCCCUCUCCAGCUCGCAGCCCCACGCCAAAACACUCGUCCUUCCUCCGAGUGACUGACAGGUCCCAGGGCGGAGCUUCCCCAGACAAGCCAGCCAAUGAACUGGGAGAAGACAAUCUUGGGACCUCCUCCCCCAAGGUUGAGCCGCGACCUGACUGCUACAAACAUUUCACGCUUCGCUACAACACCUCAGCUCCAGAACAGGGUGUUGUGGCCCCUCCCCCUGGAGAGGAGGGCCUGAGGCUGAACGCUGUGAUUGGAUAUAAUGGGAAUGGGCGUGGCAACAUGGUUUGGAACCCGGACACAGGUCUGUUUGUGUACACCUGCGGCUGUGUGUGUGUGGUGGAGAACCUCCACACUGGCUCUCAGAGGCAUUGGCUGGGGCAUAUGGAGGAGAUCUCCACACUCGCCAUCUCACAUGACGCGCAGCUGGUUGCAUCGGCGUCUGGGAGUGACGCCUCAUCCAAGAGCCUCAUCUGCAUAUGGAACGUGGCGGACGGUUCCCGUAGAAACAGCAUGUCUUUCCACAGGGGCGCCGUGCAGAGCAUGGCCUUCUCUCGGGACGACCGCUACUUCCUCUCUGUGGGCGACUACAGUGAGCAGGAGGUGGCGCUGUGGAGCGGCAGCUGCUUUGAGCUGUUGAGUCACGUGAGGGCUCCGUGGCCGCUUCAUGAGGCCCUGUUCAGCCCUGUCACUGACGGGCUACUGGCUGCAGUAGGAAGCUCAGGAACCCUAUUCUGUAGCAUACACACACACGGCACACGGACAGAGUUGCAGGUGCAGAGUGUGUGCGCGCCGGCUGAGGUGGGCGAUGCCGAGCUGACGUCUCUGUGCUUCAACGCCAACGGGCUGCUCUUCACCUCCACCAGCAGGGGGCAGGUGUGUGUGUGGGACUGCAGCACGCAGCGCUGCUUCAUGACCUGGGACGCCGACGAGGGCGAGAUCGGUGUGUUGCUGUGCUGUGGCAAUAGGUUGGUGUGUGGCAGCAACAGCAGACGUUUGAGGCUGUGGUCAGUUGCAGCCGUCCAAGCACUGAGACCACAGAACACAGAGAGAACACAGGACAGCAGCAGCCCCGCAGUGUUGCUGGAGCAGGAGAUGCAAUUGGACGGGGCGGUGGUGAGCGCCGCCUUCGAUGACGCCAUGGACAUGGGCAUAGUGGGCAGCACUGCAGGCACCCUGUGGUACACCAACUGGAUGGAGAACACGAGCAUACGCCUCAUCAACGGACACAAGAGCAAGGUAAAUGCUGUGCUGUUCAGCCCGGACGAGAGUCGCUUUGCCACCUGUGGCCAAGACGGGAGCCUAAGAGUCUGGGCGUUGCCUAGCAACGAACUACUGGUGCAGUUUCAGGUCCUCAAUCAGAGUUGUGAAUGUUUAAGCUGGAGUCCGGGGAUGGCGUCGGCGUGUGUGUCAGGGGGCUACAGCGACGGCACGAUCCGCGUCUUCAACUUGAACUCCUCUGAGAUGGAGAUGAAGCUGCAGCCUCAUCCCACGGCCGUCUGUGCCCUGCAGUAUUCUGACACCGGUCUGGUGCUGUUGUCCGCGUGCAGAGACGGUCUUAUUGCGGUCAUCAGUCCAGUUACCGGGGCAACACUGCGCGUCAUUGGAGAUCACAAAGGAGCCGCUAUCACCUGCAUUCAGAGCACCAAGAAACAGUAUAAAGAGUUCGGUCUUCAGGGAGAUGAGCUCUGGUUGGCUGUGAGCGCCGAUAGGCGGGUCAGCGUCUGGGCUGCUGAUUGGAAGCUGGAUAAGUGCGACCUGCUUGAUUGGCUGAGCUUCCCUGCCCCUGCUGCACCGGAGAAUGGGGACGUCUUGCCACCCAGCCUAGCUGCCUUCAGUCCCUGUGAGAGAGGGGUCGUCGUCUACACUGGCUACGGCGUGACCAAAGACAUCACCUUUUACUGCCUGAACAAAAAACAGGUCUUGAGGACUAUUAUGUUGGCAGACUGGGCACUCUGCCUAAGUGUCAGCAGUAAGGGACGUCUGCUUGCCGUUGGCUCCAAGCGCCGUGUGGUGAAGGUUCUCCACAGCUCGUCAGGUCGUUUCCAGGACUUCACUCCUCACGGAGACUCGGUACAGCUCUGCACCUUCUCCCCCUCAGGAAGGCAGCUGCUCACCGCCGCACACAACGAGAUACUACUGUGGAACACUCACAGCCUCUAACACACACACACACACACACACACACACACACAGGAAGACAAUUGCUCACCACUGCACACUAGAUACUACUGUGGAACACACUCAAACACAAACGCGCCUCAAACACAAACGCGCUUGAACACACACACAUUAGGGGUGUAAAUCACAGUCCCAUGGCGAUAAGAUACGGUAUCGAUUUUUUAAAUCAGGGAUUUUAUUAUUUUCGAUUCCCCACGAUACGAUUCGAUUAAAUUGCCGGCCGUAGGUUCAAUGCAUCAAUACAUUUUGAAUAUUAUUUAACACACACACACACACACACACACACACACACACACACACACACACACACACACACACACACACACACACACACACACACACACACACACACACUCACUCACUCCGUCCCUGAAGAACAGAGACACGCUUUCUGACACAUUCCAGACACACACAGAGAACCAUACAAUCAAUAGUGACAACAAACUAUGUGCCCUGAUGUUGGCCUAGUAUGUGUACAGAGACAUAACAACACGUAACAAGAUUAACCUGAGGAAAGUUUACAAAGCUUAACCAGAGCAUAUGUCCAAAGAAGACGUCUAACCAUAUGCACUACAGUUGUUUUUUUCUCCUCUGUCAAGAAGGCUUUUUGUUCCUUAGCUGAUACAGUAGAACCUUUAGUAAAUACAAGUAUGUGCCUUGUGUCCAUAUAUGGGCAUACAUUUUUAUUAGAUGUAUAUUUUUUGUUUAUUUGUUUUUUACUGUGAAUGUGAUGUGUUUUAUAUGUUGAUGCUUGACUUUUAAGACCUUGUAUAUAAAAGCUUUUUAAAUAAAAUGUAA